GUCAUUAACGUCAUUUAAAAAGAAUUGUCUUAUGCAGGAGCUGUUACGCAAGUAGAAAAAAUUAAAUUAUUUGCUAAAGAAGAGUGAUUGUAUUUAUUUUAAUAACGAAAACAUGUUCUUUGGAAAAAUCCUUUCUCGUCUUUUGCCUGUUAUUAAAGCUGACGAUGAAGAUCUAGUCGAUCCUCAACAAGAAUUGAGGAAUGAGUGUCGAGAAUCGCACUGUAAGAACUUCGCUGAAAAAUUAGAAGAAUGUACUACAAGAGUCACUAGUAAAACCAAGACAACAGAAACUUGCGUUGAAGAAUUGAUAGAUUUGAUGCACUGCCUAGAUCAUUGUGUUACCCCACAUCUGUUUUCGAAGCUUAAAUAGAUGAGUGACUUAUUUUUCUGUAGAUUUAUCCAUUAAUAAUUAAAAAUUAUAAAUAGUGGAUGUUGUUGUAAAUAAAGAUAUCUGUAAAAAGAAAUGGGUAUUAAUUAGA